UCACUGCAGAGCUUUUCAUUGAUAAAGUAGCACCGGUGUGAGCCAGAGGACUGCAGCUGGACACAUCACACAAACAUCAUGCUCUCACACACUCACUUCCCGAAUCUUCUUCAGUACGUUUACCCACAGUGCACCUCAGACAAUUGCAGCGCUGAGGACUCACACUCACUAAUCACUAACGUGACAUGCUUUUACUGAACAACAACAGCAACAUCUCUCCCCUCUCUUCUCUGCCUCCCGUUUCUGGGAAUGUGGGCUUAGUUCACAGAGACCGACGGAGGAACACCUGUAACUGAGGAGCGGGACUUCUUGGUGCAUCUGACCCGGGACUUUGGAGGAUAGAACCAGGCAGUGGGGAGAUCAGUGGAACCAGCCAGCGCAACAGAAUAAAGUCUCUCCGUCAUCCUGGGAUCUACGGAGGCAAGCGGAGUGCCGUUGUCGGCCAUGAAGCUGGUGAACGGGGGAGGAGGAGGAGGAGGAGGAGGAGUAGGAGGCGGCGGCGGGGGAAGCGGAGGAGGAGGGGGAGAGAAGACUGCCUUCUCCUUUAAGAAGUGCUCUGCCUUCCAGUUUGUCAAGAGAAAGGUGCGACGGUGGAUGAGGAACCCCAAGGUGAGCGUGGAGAAAGCCCAGGGGAAAGGCCUCUACCCUUGCCCCAAGUGUCCGCUGGCCGAGGAUCUGUGGUACACGCACUUCCCCUCACCUUACGGCUGCUGCCACUAUGCGGGUCUGCAGGGCUGCCAGUAUUACCACCAGGAGCCGUGCUCGCCUUGCCCGGCCAGUGGACAGACCAGCGGCCAUGAGAAGAGCAAAGGCUGCAAGGUCAGGAAGUGGAAGAUGCUGGCUCGCCACCACAGUGACGGCACAGGAAAGCACAAGGACGCCGAGUCUGACGUCCACCUGUGCAGCUGCCAGUCCUGGGGGAUCCACGGCUCGCCGCUCCUGGCCAGCCCAGUCAUGCUGGAGUGCUCCAUCUGCAGUGGGCCCUACAUCAGCUACACCCUGGAGGAUACCUGGCAGCCACGUCAGCGCACACAGGCCAUGGAUCUGUACUACCACAAUGAGUCAGACCCAGACAACUACUGUUGCCCUGGCGACAACACUUUCAUGAAACAGAGGAGGAUGGGCCUGAACGACUUCAUUCAGAGGCUCGCCACAAACUCCUACGCCUGCAAGCACCCAGAGGUGCAGUCUAUUCUAAACCUGAGCCCUCCUCAGGAUGCCGAGCUCAUGAACACAAACCCCUCUCCUCCUCCCAGUCCAUCCCAACAGAUCAACCUCGGCCCAUCAUCUAACCCUUCCGCCAAACCCAGCGACUUUCACUUCCUCAAGGUGAUCGGCAAGGGCAGCUUCGGGAAGGUGCUGCUCGCCCGCCACCGCACAGACGACCAGUUCUACGCAGUCAAAGUCUUACAGAAGAAGGCGAUUCUCAAGAAGAAGGAGGAGAAACACAUCAUGUCGGAGAGGAAUGUGCUACUAAAGAAUGUCAAGCACCCAUUCUUGGUGGGCCUGCACUACUCGUUCCAAACAGCGGACAAACUCUAUUUCAUCUUGGACUACAUCAAUGGCGGAGAGUUGUUCUACCACCUGCAGAGAGAGCGCUGCUUCCUCGAGCCCAGGGCCCGGUUCUACGCGGCAGAGAUCGCCAGCGCUCUGGGAUACCUCCACUCACUCAACAUUGUCUACAGAGACCUGAAGCCAGAGAACAUCCUGCUCGACUCCCAGGGACACAUCAUUCUCACAGAUUUCGGCCUCUGCAAGGAGAACAUUGAACCCAACGGGACCACGUCGACCUUCUGCGGUACGCCAGAGUAUUUGGCUCCUGAGGUGUUACACAAGCAGCCGUACGACAGGACGGUAGACUGGUGGUGCUUAGGGGCCGUGCUCUACGAGAUGCUGUAUGGCCUGCCUCCGUUCUACAGCCGCAACACAGCGGAGAUGUACGACAACAUCCUGAACAAGCCGCUGCAGCUGAAGCCCAACAUUUCCAACGCGGCCAGACACCUGCUGGAGGGCCUGCUGCAAAAAGACCGCACCAAGAGACUUGGCUGCACGGAAGACUUUAAUGAAAUUAAGAACCACGUAUUCUUCUCCCCCAUCAACUGGGAUGACCUCAACGCCAAGAAGAUCACCCCUCCCUUCAACCCCAACGUGACGGGACCCAACGACCUGCGGCACUUUGAUCCAGAGUUCACAGAUGAGCCAGUGCCCAACUCCAUCGGCUGUUCCCCAGACAGCGCCCUCGUCACAGCCAGCAUCAAAGAAGCAGCUGAGGCCUUCGUGGGCUUCUCUUACGCCCCGUCUAUGGACUCCUACCUAUAGGAUUAAAUGCAGGCACUCAGUACGGACAAAAGCUUAGACUUACUGGACUAUGGAGCACAACCAUAGUCUUUGGAUUGCAUCUUGACCCCACCCAACGUUACCCAUCGGAGAGAUGGACGCUCCUGAACCAAACCCCGCAACAACUCUGCAUCCACAAAGAAUUUAAGCGUUUGUACUCGGCCGCAUUCUCUCCAACUCUUGAAUGCAUUUAAAGUACUUGCUACGAGAGAGAGUGUCUGCCAAAAUUAAAUGGCUCGUUUUGGUUGUCGUCCUCCAUCCCACCCCGAGUCCACAGCCUCUCGAUUGUUCAUCUCUCACCCGAUAGUGGAGGUCUUUUGCACAUAGCUCAGGCAGCUUAAAAGCUCCCCCCCGACCCCGAAGCCACAACUGACAAGCACACACGCAUCCAAAACUCCCGCCAUCUCAAAACGAGGAAGGCUGGACCGUACUGUACCAGCCCCGAUUAAAGGAUUUCCAUUUUCGUCCAUGUAGAGAAGCAUCUUCCCACAUGAGAUUCCCUGCGCCACCAGUGUGGACCCACCUGUUGAGUCUGAAUGAGUAGCUUGGACAUUCAUUUUUGGUGCUUUAGUUUCUUCUCAUUUACAUUUUGUGUGUGUUUUGACAAGGGACCUAUCUGAAGCCGAAUGUUACAAAGAAAAGUGGCGUUUUAUUUCUCUCAAAGGUGCCUUUAUUUUUUUUUUCUCUCCAUCAGAACGCACUCAUCGUUUGAGUUUUGAGCUAGUGUCGCGGAGUUACGUCCGCCCGGGCGCUCCGCGGGUGCGGGCGGUAGGACUCCUCUUCUAGAGGGGGACGAUGUAGCACUAAUUUAGCACACCUGUUCUGUCUUUAACACGCGAGGAACUCAGAUGAUGUUUCAUAUCUUCAUUUGCACAUAAAACAAUACUUCUGAUAGAGAGGUGGGAAAAAAAAAAGAAAGAGCACUGCUGCUAGGCGAGAAAGCGAGCGAGGAAGGGAUGUGUCGAGGAGCGUUUCCGUAGUUCUGCUUGCCAAAGUCUUCCAUUCGCCUCACGGUAAUGUAACGGCGGCCGGCUGACGGGCCGACAACAUCGAAAACUGAACAUUCCAUUUUAAUAUUGCUGUAAUGCAGUUUGACGGUAUUUAAGUUUGUUUGUAUAUUUGGAGUUACGUGUACUAGUUUUAAUGUAUAUUGAACAAAAAAUGACUUAAGGUAUGCUUAAAUAUGUAUAUGUAACAAUUCAUGUUAAAUGUACUGUAAAUUGUAAAAUUGUUUAAGAUUUAUGUGACCAUGUUUGGUUUGAAAAUAAAAGUUUAACUUUAUUACACCUUAAA